AAACGCCCUUUUUCCAUGCAUGUUAGGCAUUAUUAGGUUAUAUAAUUAUAACCAACUUUUAGGUUACAAGCCAGAGGGGUAGAAUCUGUGAUCUCAAUAAAACAACUGUAUCCGUUUUAAUAGAACCUAGCACAAUGGUCGAACGACAAAGACAAAGAAUUGAACAAGAAAUGACCAAAAUGAUAAACGAUUUAGAUAUGGAAUAUCUAAGAAAAAUGCAAGCAGACAUGCAUAGGUGUGCGGCAGCCUGUUGUGAUAAUAAAGAAGUUUCCUUAGAAAGAGUUCAACGCUGCGUUGAAAACUGUUCCUCAAAAAUUAAUUGGGCCCAAUCCUAUGUACAAACGGAGCUCGAAAACCUCCAGAACAAGUUACAAAGAUGCGUUAUGGACUGCAAUGAUGAUGUGCGAGUGAAAAUGGGGCCCAAUCCUUCGGAGUCAGAGGUGGAUAAAUUUACAACACUCUUCGAAACAUGUGCCACCAAAUGUGUAGAUAAGCAGUUAGAAUAUAUGCCAUCUCUGCUCAAACGAAUGAAAGCUGAUUUAGCAAAAGGAGAACACAACACGUAAUCGGAUACCUGUUAUUGUGAUUUAGAAAAAUCUAAUUUUCCAUGAUAGUUCGUAAUUAUUUGUUAUUACAGUUUUUAGAUAUUUGA